UCAUACUUCCUAGGAGAGCAAUGCUUCCCCGACUAGCCGAGACUGACCCAGAUAUCAUUGAGAACGUCGAUCUUGCCAAGUUGAGGAAACAACGCAACGCAAUUGAGAUUUCGCUCGAAAACAUAUCCGACGUUUGAAGAUGGUUCUUGUUAUGCUUUAGGAUUCGCUGAUAAUACUCGUCCUGAGAAUGAUUGUGUUGGUUUCAAGAGUUGUAUCCAUGGGAAUAUCGUCUUUAAGAUACAUUGUAUCGUCGGGCAUCUUUGUUUUCUCUUCAUUCUUCUGGAUUAUCUUGUCGCACUGUUAUGCUAUGAAUGGAUCACUAUCCUUCUUACGCGCCGACUGUUUCACAGAGCCUGCUUGUUUCAUCAAACAACUGAAUAUACCCGAGCAACCCAUUGAUAUUGCGGUCCAUUAUUCGGUAUCAGCAUUACUUGCUGGGAUCUAUCGUCAACCCGGUCAUUUUUGGGGGCUGAGACGAACGUCCCGGUUGGGUCGUCAGACGGGCCUUCUACAUCAGUCAUGGACAAGGGCUGGUUGGUCACAUUCACUGGAAAUCUGAUCCCCCGCGCAACCUCCCUGCAACCUCCCGACAUUUUAUAUGGACAGCUCUUCUUUCCUUACCUAUCGAAAGAAGAUACAUCACCUCUACGUGCUCUCAAAAUUUCCUUCUCACCAAGUAUUG